CUUGCAUAUUUAUUUUGAUUAUUUCCGUUUCUGUUGCUGUUUUUAUUAGGUAUGGAAACGUUUUUUAUCUAUGAGAACAUGCAACGAAUAGGUAAUCAAUUAUCCACGGUAUUAUCCGAAGAACACUUGUCUGAAACCAAUAAUCUAAUGAACAACAUAAACGAAUCCUACUCGCACCUUCAAAAUGGAGUACAGAGCAUAGCAACGAACCAAGUGACAACAAUGGAAUUUGAGCACAAAUUAAUAAAUGAGAAGUUUGUGGAAUUAGCCGAAAGCGUCGAAGAUAUGAUUGACAACGAUAUCUUAACAAACUUGAUGGCUAUGAGAAACUCAGUGUUUGAAAAAUUGAAAGAAACCUCCGAAACAAUUAACAUGCUCGUAGAUUCUUCAUGCGAGCAGCAGCUAAAAAUUUAUAACGAAACAUGCGAAAAUGUCCUGAACGUUCAAGAAAACGUAAAGAUCAUUCGUGAAAUGCAGAGAUCCACUGAGAAGCAACAGUUGUUCUCGGAGGUACAAGAAACAAUACGCCUGACAUUCUUUUUACAUGGUAUUUUUGUUAACUGA